GGCUGGUUGCGUUCAGAGGGACGUUCACCUUGGCUCACGCUGUGCUGGAUUAGCUCUAGCAGGCGCUGUGGACGACAUUUGUUCCUCAGUCACUGGAGGUUUGCAUUUGGCUCUCCCACGGCGGAGCUGCGGAGCUUAUUUUAUUCAUCUUCGAGCCUUCACGGUUCGUUGCCAGCUGCGCUAAUUGGCCUCCGAUGCCUCUGGAAACCCCAGAGAGGAUCUCCAUUGAACCCAUAUGGUGGUCGGCCGUGGAUGCGUCAGAGUGUGGAGGGGCGGUGCGUCGCCGCCGAGGUGAUCCCCCAGUUUAAAAGCGCAGAAGUCCUCCGAGCGCCGGAGCAGUGCGUCACAGCGACCCAGCAGAGCCAGGAUCCCCCGGCGCACAGUCCGACUUCUCGGCACAGCGACGAAAACAGCUUUUCAGAGAGAACACAUGAUUUUAUUCCACGUGUUUUAAUAUUUCUCCCUCAGAUUUUUCUAUUUCGGAUGCGACUUUUCCCCUUUUCUGAAGAGAUAACAGCUUUUUCCUUUAUUUGAAUUUUUAUUUCUAGUUUUGUCGUUUCUCAGUCUCGUUGUUUGUUUGCGGCCACACAGCGACAGAGGACCGCGAGCACAAGCAGGGGACUAUAUAAACUCCGCUAUAUGGAUACGGAAUUGCCCCCAUCUGCUGCUGUACUCAGAGUUUGAUCUCAGACGUUGCUCCCUGCGCAAAUACGACAAUGAAAUCUGCCGAAGAGGAUGCAUAUGGCUACACGCCAAAUGUCAGUCUCUCCCUCCCACUGGGCAACCCUUGUCUUCCCUCCCAGUACCACAGCCUCCAGUCCAGCCCCACUAUAUCCGUCUCUGUCUCCGAGCCUCACAGUUAUGACAACCAGGAUGACAUGAGAGUGGCCGGCUACUAUUCGUCUUCAAGCGCUCGGCCAAACGGGGCCCCGACCCUGGAGAGCCCUCGUAUCGAGAUCACAGCCUACGGUCAGUUUCCUGAGGAUGAGGUGGAGGAGAGCAACCUUCCUGUAGCCAAGCGAGUCAACUCCAUCGUGACGCUGACCCUCCCCAGUGCAGAUGGUUACCGUGACCCCAGCUGCCUGAGUCCAGCCAGCAGCAUCUCAUCUCGCAGUUGCCAUUCUGACGCCUCCUCCUACGAAUCAGGCUUCUCCUACAACUAUGACAACUCUCCCCAGAAUUCCCCCUGGCAGUCUCCCUCUGUGUCCCCCAAAGGCUCCACCCUCGCCCUGCCAGGUGAUGGCUGCACCUCCGGUGGCUCUCCUCGUCACUCGCCCUCCACCUCCCCUCGCACGAGCGUGACAGAUGACAACUGGAUUGGCCAGCGCGGCUCCAGGCCCAACUCCCCUUGUGGUGCGAAGAGGAAGUACAGCUUCAACGGCAGUGGGGUAUCGCAUAAGCACUUCCAGUACUCGCCCAACCACUCCCCUGGACCGUCCCCACAGACGUCCCCUCGCCUUAGCGUCACUGAGGAGACUUGGCUGCCAAACACCAACCAGUACACCAACUCAGCCAUCCUGGCAGCCAUCAAUGCCUUGACCACAGAUGGAGUGGCAGACCUCGGGGAGGGAAUCCCCAUGAAGGCCCGAAAAACCAGCCAGGAGCACAGUCCCACAGUCAGCCUGAAGGUGGAGCCUGGAGGUGAAGAGCUGAGCCCGGGGGAGCUCUGCCUGGACGAGCUCCCCUCAAACCGCCUGCCGCUGAAGAAAGAGGGCUACUGUGGUGGGUUUCUGGAUGUGCCACAACACCCGUACUCCUGGUCCAAGCCAAAGCAAUAUGUCAGCCCAUCCCUGCCAGCUCUCGACUGGCAGCUGCCGUCCAGCUCUGGGCCGUACAGCCUGCAGAUAGAAGUGCAGCCCAAGUCCCACCACCGAGCCCACUAUGAGACGGAGGGCAGCAGGGGGGCGGUAAAGGCCCUGGCAGGAGGACACCCAGUCGUUCAGCUCCACGGCUACAUGGAGAGCGAACCUCUGACCCUGCAGCUGUUCAUUGGCACAGCUGACGACAGGCUGCUGAGGCCUCACGCCUUCUACCAGGUCCACCGCAUCACUGGGAAGACAGUGUCCACCCCGAGCCACGAGGCCCUGCACAACAACACCAAGGUCCUGGAGAUCCCACUGCUGCCAGAGAACAACAUGCGGGCCAUGAUCGACUGCGCAGGGAUCUUGAAGCUGCGUAAUUCAGACAUUGAGCUGAGGAAGGGGGAGACCGACAUCGGACGCAAGAACACACGUGUGCGGAUGGUUUUCCGAGUUCAUAUCAACCAGGCCACGGGGAGAACGGUGUCCUUGCAGGCUGCAUCCAACCCCAUUGAGUGUUCCCAGAGAUCGGCCCAGGAGCUGCCACUGGUGGAUAAGCAGAGCUUGGAGACGUGUCCCGCCUCCGGGGGGGAGAGGAUGCUCCUCGACGGACACAACUUCCAGCACGACUCCAAGGUGGUGUUCGUGGAAAAGGCUCAAGACGGUCACCACCUCUGGGAGACUGAGGCCAAGGUGGACAGAGACGCCUCGAAGUCUAACUCACUGCUCGUCGAGAUCCCGCCCUAUCGGAACCAAAGACUCUCCACUCCGGUCCAGGUGAACUUCUACGUCUGCAACGGCAAGAGGAAAAGAAGCCAGUACCAGCGCUUCACCUACGUCCCUGCCAGUGUUCCAACAAUAAAGACGGAGCCACAUGACGACUACGACGCCCCUCUGGUGUGCAGCCAGCACGGUCCCGGCCUGUCCUUGCACCCAAAACCAUACUUCCCCCCUCAGGUCAUGACCCCGAUGAUGACCUCAGACCUCAGGCCAUGCAUUGUGGGCGGAGCUUACUCUGUCAGCCAGCAGAGAUUGGCAGCCAAGCCCUCCUCGCUGCCCUCCUCAUCCUCACCGAGCACCAGUCCCAAACUUCACGAUCUGUCACCGUCGCCCUUCGCCAAGUGCCUCCCUGCCAGCCCAGCAGUCCAACACCCGGGCCAACAGUCCCCGAUCCCACACGUCUCCAUCAUCCAGGAGACACCCGGGCGCUACCAGCCCCCCAGCCUCUACCCCCCCAGCAGCUGCUCCUCCUCCCCGACCUCGCAGCCCUCCACCCCGAGUGACGCCCCUUUCUCUCCCACCCACUGCAUGACACCAGCGCCGCCGGUCAGCGGCAGCACCAGCCCAGGAGCUCAGCAGCACCCCAAGGUGCCAGAGAGGGGGCGGGCCUCCCUUCAGGAAGACGGCAGCCCUCCGACACUUGCUGUCAGCAUCAAACAGGAACCACAGGAGCUGGACCAGAUGUACCUCGAUGAUGUCAAUGAGAUCAUCAGGAACGACCUGUCGAGCAUCUCCGUCCACAGCCACGCGUAGUUUCCCGUCGCCACCAAAACUGACACAGGAAACUGAAACAAAAGGGAAACACCGAACAGAAUUUGACAUAAUGCUUUUAUCUUCUUCAUGCUUGGACUACAGCAUGCAGGAAGCAGGGAAAUCAAAUGCAAGGAGAACAAAUGUAAAUUUAUUGUCCAGAUGACCAGGGUCCAAAGUGUGCCUUGUUUUUCAGAUAUAAUGCCUUUACAUAGAAAUUGUCCAAGGAAUAAGUCACAUGACUUUUUAACACAUGUAAAUUGAAUAUGUAGCAACCAAACCUGCCAUCCCCAAACCCCCAAUAACAAAGUAUGCUUUUAGAGGACCAAAAAAAUGUUUUAUAUGUCUUUUUUGCUGCAGUUUGUAAAUGAUCCAGUGCCUAUCAGGUAUGUAAUGUGUAUAUAUAAAGUAUCUGUAGUGCUUCAGUUUGCAUAUCUGGCUUUAGAGAGAGAUGGUUUAGACACAAACUGCCUUUUUUGACUGGAAAACAAUGUGGCUUCAGAUGUUCAACUUGUGAAAGAUUUUUUGAAAGCGAGAUAAAGUAAAUGCUGUGUGCUGCAUAGUGGCUACAGAUAGCAAAGAUGAGAGAUGAUGUCAGCAGUGUGUAUCAGUAGCACAAAUAGAGAAAUGUCAUAAACAAAGUCAGAGGACUGAGUACGAAGUGUCCAUUUCACGGCGACGUGUUAAGUUUGCUAAAGUUAUCUGACAUUAGCCACCAAAAGCUAAAGUGAAGCUUUAGCAGCAGAACACCUGAGUGUACCGAUCUGAUCUGAUUCGCUCAACUCGCUCAGUUUGUGGGGUUUUUUCCUCCUCAUUCAAAAGUUGCAAAGUCUUCACUUUAGUUCACAUUUGGUUGCUGUGUCUGUAUGAGCAUUUGUCGGCACGAGUUCAGCUUAAUAAAAGCUAAAUUUUCUGUAUUCACAACCAACAACAAGCACUUAAAAAGACUUAACUUGUGGUAUUAAUUAUUCCAUUAAGAACAAAUUACUGCCACUUGAAGUCAUGCAAUGAAGACAAAACUUUCCAGGUUAUUUUUAAGUCUUUAAACACUCUCACAAUACAAAGUGUAGUUACGGAAGUCAUUUUGUGUCAUUUCUGAAAUAAAAUUAAUAAAGACUGCAUAGUGUCUUUAAAAUAACUUGAACUUUGGAGCAAACUGUUGACUACAGGUUUGACUUUUAUCAAAGAUGAAAUCAUCUCAGUUUUUGCGAAGCUUGACUUUUAUUAUUCCCUUGAAGCUAUGCAACGUGCAGGUGGCGUCAGUCUCUCGAAGAAUGUAAACGUUCACUGUUGUAAUCCAAAGAACAAUGUGGAGCUGCAACUGACCAUUACUUUCACUAUUGAUUAAUCUGCCAGUUAUUUUCAUGAUAAAUUGUUUAGUAAAAAGAAAGAAAUUCUCAUCACAAAAUUAUUUCUUUAGUCCAACCAGUAAUCCAAACCUACAGCCUUUUCACUUGAUAUCACAAAGAAAAGCAGCAAACCUUGACAUUUUGGAAGCUUUUUGACUGAAACGAUUAUUAAAUGAUUAUCAAAGUAGUUGGCAGUUAAUCGAUUAGUGGAUUGACUGUUGCAGCUCUAAAGAAGAUGACAGUGAACUGCAAUGCAAACACAUAAACUCUUCAAUGUUUGGGUUUUUGUUUUUUUUGUAUUUUCAUAUUUAUUCUUUUAGCAUGUGCUCUGUUUAUUCAUGUUUAUCAUGCAGCUUCUUUUACAUGCUUACCUACAUACUGUGGUUUAUCUGCUGAUUUGUUUGCGCUCUCAUAGCAGAACGGGCUUACACGUUUGUUCCCAGGUUUAUGUGUAUUUAUGAGUCUUAAUCCCUGCAAGUGAAGGGCAUGACAGAAGCCAUACUGAAGUUUACCGAGGAGGUUAUUGUUAGUCUGCAACUCAUAAUUCUGCUUUGUGAUUUAUGUUGUGUAUUUGUCAAUAAAUAAGCCUUCAUCUCUUUCA